CGGUUCCUUGCUUUCUGUUAAGCAUUGUGUAUUGUACUCUUGAAACCGUUAAGUACCGUAGAAACAGUGACCGGCUUCUUGUUUGUUCUGGACCGGGAUAGCCUAUAUCUACGCGUGACUUAAUUUCAAGCGAUAUUGCGCUUACAGUACUUAACGUAUAGAGUUAAAGUUUGCCGGAUCAGCCCUUGACGGAAGAGACCGUACUGAACUGGUCAGUACUUAACGAUCAAAGCCGGAAAAGACCGUACUGAACUGGUCAGUACUGAACGCCUUGACGGAAUAGACCGUACUGAACUGGUCAGUACUUAACGUAUAGAGUUAAAGUUUGCCGGAUCAGCCCUUGACGGAAGAGACCGUACUGAACUGGUCAGUACUGAACGCCUUGACGGAAUAGACCGUACUGAACUGGUCAGUACUUAACGUAUAGAGUUAAAGUUUGCCGGAUCAACCCUUGACGGGAAAGACCGUACUGAACUGGUCAGUACUUAUCGCCUUGACGGAAAGGACCUUACUGAACUGGUCAGUACUCAACGUUCAUCCAGAAGAAACUUUGGUGAAUUGGCAGCACGCAACGUUGUUGAAAAUAAAUUUUUUUUUGGAACGAUGCAAACCAGAUCAGGGAAGCAAAUUUUGGAGCAGCAGUUGGAGAGUCGGCAAGUCCUCGUUUGCAUAAAUGAUCAUGUUGAUAACCUUUCGUGCCCCGGCUCUCAUGUCAGUAGUUCGAAACCAUCAUUAUCGCGAGUAACUAGUGCUAAGUCGUCGCUACUAAGGGCGCAGCUAAAGGAGAAACAGCUUCGAGAGGAGUUAGAGUUAGAGAAAAAGUUGCUAAAGGCUAGACAUGAUGUCGAAAUGGCCGAGCUGCUUGUGAAGUUAGCCGUGGACGACAAACGGAAAAUUGGAAAUACGAAAAGAGACACUGUCAACUACGCUCGAAUCAGCGAAGAGAGUAUCAAAGACGACAUCAGAAGGCCAUAUGAAGCUGAGUUUAGGGAUACUGAAGAAAGCGAACACUCAUUUUCUAUCGAAGAUCCUAAGGCAAUCGAGUUGGUUACUCAAAGCACCGUCUUAGAAAAGGGGCAUUACAUCAUUUCCUUGCCAUGGAAAGAUCCAGCAAAGGUAACGGACAAUAAUUAUGUGGUUGCCAUAAAUCGGCUACUCAGUCUGAAAUGGAGGUUAUCACGUGACAAGAACCUUUCAGCACGAUAUGUGGAUGGGAUAAAUGCGAUGUUAAAAAAUGGUUAUGCCCUUCCGGUACCCCUAGAGCAGCUAGCAGCCAACUAUCGCCCGAGGUGGUAUCUUCCACAUCAUCCCGUAAAGAAACCGAAAAAGCCAGAUAAACUGAGAAUAGUUCUAGAUUGCGCCGCAACCUUUAGAGGCUAUUCUUUGAACGAUAAGCUAUAUGAAGGACCUGAUACGAUUACGGAGCUUGUUGGUGUUCUGUUGCGCUUUCGAGAAAAGCCUAUUGCUGUAGUCGCGGACAUAGCUGAUAUGUUUAUGCAAGUGAAGGUGCCACUAAUCGAUCGACGAGCAUUACUAUUUCUGUGGUGGAAAAAUGGUUUUCUAGACGAAGAGCCGCAGGAGUUUCAGAUGACAGCAUCCGUUCGGGUUAACUUCAUCACCCUUCUGUGUGAACUUCGCGUUGAGAAAGGCAGUAGAGGGCUUUGGUUGCUUAUAUCCGGAAACAGUAAGAGAGCUGGGCACGAGGGUUAUACGGUGUAACAUGAUUCAUAAAAUCCUAGUCGGAUUUUGGGGGCCGGUGUAAGAUGAAUUCCAUUCCCAUCCUUAAAUCAAGUCAACCUGUCCCGGAUCAGCCUAGCAUUAUUGCAACACAAUUAUCCAUGCCCAACGUGUCUAUCCCACCUUGCUUAAUUAACUGUGUAUGUGUGUUUUUACUUCGAUCCUUUUAGUCAGACACUUGAACUCAUGACCCAAUCAGAGUAUUUUUGUGAACUGUUAUUUUGCUGCCCCAUGUCUUAUUUUGUACUAUUCUGUUGAG